AUUCUUCAUUUCUGUCAAUAACAUGUGGUAUCGCUAUCACUCGCCGACCGAAUAUGACAACUUGAGAGUAGAAUGAUUUAAUCACACCAUGUAAUCGAUUCAGAAUACCAUAUAAAAACUUGUGAUUAAGUUUUAUAUUAACCAGUAUAGUAAUUGUAAAUACGUUUUCAAUAAGGUGUGCAGUUUCUAUACAAGUAGAACACGUAACGGACCCGAUCAAGGGACCAUGGAUAUACGACUGGCUGUAGUGGCGCUACUAAUAAUAUACAUAAGCGUUGAGAUCCACGGCAAUGAUGAACGACAAGGUCGUAAACCUCGUAAAGGAAGGGUAUGGAGCAGGUGGCAUAAAUGUACUGUGUCUUGCGGAAAAGGCUGGCAAUCUCGUAUAUGUCUGAACAGCGGAGCGACAUGUAAUGGCCAUAUAACGGAGAGGAGGAUGUGUAACGUUCAGCCAUGUCCGGUACCAGAAGUUGGCAAGUGGUCCGAAUGGCAGCCUUACUCGCCGUGUGAAAGGGUAGCGACGAUAGAUGACGAAUGCAUGGGAUUUAAGCGGCGUGUACGGAAAUGUAUUGGUCUGCAAUCUGGUGGUAAAUACUGUACCGGAUGUGACUCAGAGAUAAAACCUUGCCCGCUAUGCUAGUGUUCAAACCAUAAUGCACAAGAUGAACAAUAAUGGCAGAUUAUAUUUAGCUAAUGAACCAAAUCAAACUACUAAAUCGGAAUCCGAGAAAUCAUAGUCCGAGAUGAAACUAGUCACAACACUUCAAAUACGGAAAAUGUUCUCAUCCGAUAAAAUAAUGAAUAUGAUAAUAAACGUAAUCAAAUUACUCAACCUUUAAAUACAGAAUGCAAAUACAGUCUUGUAUUAUAGCACUAAACGGCUUUCUUUUUGAAGUUAUUGUCCUAUGCGGGUGCUCUAUAGUAAUCAAGAUGUCCGUCCGUCUGUCUAUCUAUUGUUUUUCUUUUGCCCAAUAAUAAUGGGAAUAAAUGGAGUAUGUUUUAGAUGUUUUUAUAAUGAUCCCUUGCAUCCAAGGUUUGUGUGGACAAUUUUUCCGGGGUGAUCUGAUUCAGAAUGGCUGCUAGUCCGAUCUUGGAUUUUAACAUUCCAAAUUUCAAAUUUUGUUAUGCUUAACUGAUAAAUGUUUUGGUAUGACAUUAUGAAGUAAAAUUGGUCACAAUGCAACAAGUGAAGUGAUUGAAGUGCAAGGUCAUCGGAUCAAAGGUUAAAGUCAUCUUAGGCAGCGUCAUAUAACAUUGGUGGUACGACACUCCAUGCUGUGUUCCAUCUACCUCGUGGUAGAUAUUACUCACUUAGAUUAAAUCCUUCUUUACUCGCAACAUUUAGAACUACGAUGUCACAGCUGAAGAUACUGAUCAUAGAUUACAUUUCCAUGGUAAGGAGGACCAUGUUUACUCAUUUUCACAAACGUUUAUAAGACGCUAAAGGAACAGAUGGAACUGGAACGCUCUUUGGAGGUGUAAGUAUUCUGGCGGUAGAUUUUCACCAGCUUCCACCUGUUCAACAGCACAAUCUGUUUGACAGUGAGGUCGCAGAUUCACAAAAAUUAGCCUCUCUCAGCAGUUAAGUCUUUGCAAAAAAUGCAAGAAUAAUGUUGAUUAAGAAUCUUGAUGUAGCUGAUGUAACUAGUCAAUGGUGCCACUGGAAUCAUUCUGGGUAUUCUUCAUAGUGAACAAUCAUCACCAAAGCCAAAUGCGCUCAUUGUAAAGUUUGACAACAGAAUAUUGGGAGACCAGCUCGUCAGUCGUCAUAGAUCUCAUUACAUUCUUACAAAGACGGUUUUCCCAUUCUCCCAGUAGAAGUAAAGCAAAACGCUGGAAGGUCUGUUACAUUCAGAAGUCGCUUGCAUACAAUUUCCAGUCGUUCUUUGCGGGGCUUGCACAAUUCAUAAAGUACCAGGGCAGACUCUUGAUAAGUUUGUCAUUUCAUUAGAAAGCCUUAAGAACAAAUGGCAGGCUUACGUUGCCUUUGGUCGCAUACCAUCGUUAUCAGGGCUUUUCCUCUUGGACUUUAAUGCAGAUGCGAUAAAGAAAGAUAACGCAGUUUCUGAAGAAAUGACACGUCUAAGAAAUGAAAAGAUAGCAGUCUUUGCCUCAGAUAAAGCAAAGGGGCACGCAACAACUGUUAUACUGAUUUUGUUAUAAUACACUCGCUGGAUGUGUAUUACCCAAUACAAGGUAAGACAAACGCCAAACCAGUCACUUUUUUCAAUCAAUGGUUUCUCGAAUAAAUUCUCCACAGAUUUU